CAGGAAAAGAAGACGUUGUUUGCCAUAUACACUUCACAGAAGAUGACUACAAAAUCACCGAAUCAGGUGCAACUACUGACAUGUGGUGAACGAAGACGACUUAAGUAUGGAGCUGCGCCCUCUGUUUUUGACUUCAAGAAUACCAGUACUACCCAGGAGUCUGACAGAGCUAAGCGAAAGAGGCUGCGAGAGUCUACUCAAGAUACAUGUACUCCAAUGAUUGAAGACCUGCCCAUGUAUAUGGAUGAAUUGAUUGUACAUCACGAAGUUGUCGUAGAUCAGUCAUCUACAAGUAUGUCCACAUCCAUGCCAGAAGAAAUGUGUUCAACAGCUGAGAAAGAAAUCCAGUGUGACAUACCUACCUUAGGUAGAUUUUCAAUUGAAGGUAUGAAACUGGACACUAAGAUGCUUUCUUAUUACACUGGUUUGAAUGGCUAUGAUCAUUUCAUGCUUCUCUUUAAUAUUCUUGGGCCAGCAGCUUUUGACUUGAAUUACAAAUGUGGCUUAUUAAGUCCACAAGAUCAGUUGUUUUUAACUCUGAUGAAACUCAGACAAGCAAAAGAAGAUGUGGAACUUGCUAUGCUCUUUAAAGUCUGUGAAUCUACUGUUUCUAAAAUUGUAACAACUUGGAUUAACUUUUUGUAUUUUCAAUUAAAAGAGUUAGAGGAACAAUUCUGGCCUUCUAAAGACAUCAUUAAAGAACAUAUGCCAACAGAUUUUGCUAAAAAGUUUCCCAAUACACGCGUAAUUUUAGAUGCAACCGAGCAACCAAUUCACAAACCAUCAAAUGUUGAGGCACAAUCCAAAACAUGGUCUUCUUAUAAACACAAAAACACGUUGAAAACCAUGGUAGGUGUAACUCCAAAUGGAGCAGUAUCUUAUGUAUCCUCUACUUAUGGGGGCUCUGUGUCUGACAGACAAAUCAUUGAACACUCUACUCUGCUAGAUGUAGGCAAAUUUGAUGCUGGUGACAGCAUUAUGGCAGAUCGGGGAAUUCUUGUUCAAGAUUUAUUUGCGAAUCAGAAUGUUUUUAUUAAUACACCUACGUUUCUCAAGGGCAAAAGCCAACUUGACCCCGAAGAAAUAGUUAGAGAUAGGCGAGUUGCCUCAAAACGUAUUCAUGUAGAGAGGGUGAUUGGGCUUGCAAAGAGGUUCAAAAUUUUGAAACAUGAGCUACCAAUGUCAAAAAUCCCCCUAGCUUCCAGAAUUGUGUACAUUUGUUUUAUGUUGUCAAAUUUUAGGAAUUGCAUUGUUGAUAAAAGUGCUUAA